UUCAAAAAAAGUCCCAACACCAUGUUGCAUUCUUGCAGAGAAAUUUCACAAGAAUACUGCAAAAGGGCCAGGGAUGUGGCAAGUGAAUUACUCAAAGGGAUAUCUAUGAGCUUGGGAUUGGAAGAAAACUACAUAGAUAAAGCAAUGGAGGUUGAAUUUGGGUCACAACUUCUUGUUGUCAAUUUUUACCCACCAUGCCCACAACCAGAGUUGGCCAUUGGCAUGCCUCCUCAUUCGGACCACGGCUUAUUGACCCUCCUCAUACAGAACCAGCUUGGUGGACUUCAAGUCCUACACAAUGGCAAGUGGGUCCCUAUUAAUCCUCUUCCUAAUUCCAUUCUUGUGAAUACUGGAGAUCACAUGGAGAUACUGACCAAUGGCAAAUACAAGAGUGUUGUACACCGAGCCAUGGUGAACAACAAAGCAAACAGGAUCUCCAUAGCAACAUCCCAUGGACCUCCACUUGAUAAAGUUGUAAGUCCUGCCCAAGAGUUGGUGGACACUGAAUUCCAUCCCAUUGCAUACCAUGGAAUUACAUAUAGGGAGUAUUUGGAGCUUCAACAAAGCAAUGAACUCAAUGGUAAAUCUUGCCUGGAUCGGAUCCGAGUUUGAACGAGAAAACCGGGGUGGUGGUGGUGGUGGUUGGGGGUGGUGGUGAUUGAACUCAAUAUUUGAUCCUACUAUAAAAAUAGUAAGUGACCCGAUCCAAUUAUAUAAAACUCAGGUUUUACACUGUCAAUAAGGUUGAUUUUCUAUGUUGCUUCAUCUCUCUCGACCUCAAUAAUCAAGCAUAACAAAAAGAAAAAAUCAACUCUAGCAAAGGCAAACGAAAUAUGGUGAGCUUGUGGCACACUUGAAAGGUCUGGAGUGUUAUUUUUUUCUUCUUGAGUUUUAAACUUCAAUGAUCUAUGGAUAUUGUAUUUUGUUUUAAUGAUUGUUAAUGGUCACAUAUAUAAUAACAAUAAGAUGUGUUUGAUAUUGUUGG